GAAAACUUGACCACGGUUCUUCGUUCCCAGGGUUCCGUGAGAGCCGUUUGCCCCACCCCGCCUCUACAACGCUAUCUAUCUCAAUGUUCAAUUCUCAGAGAAAAAAAAAGGUGGGCAAAAAUAAUUCAGGGUAACACAGCAAAGAAACGAGUCUCACCUCCCCGACCGGUUCAUCGGAGCAACCGCGGCCUGUCGGCGGUUAAAAAUGACAGCGUCGCCGUUGGACCAGUGAUUGAAAACACCGCGGUAUGUUCAUGUAUCAUGCACAUGUAACCAUAAUCUACCAUACGGAUUCAAAGGGAAUACAAAAAUCCGAGAGACUUGACAGCGCCUUGUACCUGCGCCAAACGGGAAAAUAACGGAGGAUUUUCCACGAAUAUCACCUGGAUAUCGCGCUAUAUUCAAGGACAUCCAGCUGCCAAACACCGCCUUAGCUCGGCCCCGGAGAAGCUUUCUGAUGUGAGGAGAAAUAUAAAUUGACGUUACGGAGAGAAAAAGGACGGAGAAGGGGCCUUGUUUCUUUCCCCCCUUUUUUUCUUUUCUUUUUUCUUUUUCAUUUUUUCUUUUCUUUGGGGGGUGGGGGGGUUCUCGUGAAACCUCAGGAAAAAAAAGCCAAGCACCAGCAUCUACUUACGGGGGAGAGGAAAUAAUUUGGACAUCGGCUAAAAACUGGAUCUUAUUGAUAAGGCUCCUAUAUAUAAUGUGACUGUUGUGGUGGAGACAGAAGCCCGGGUUGUAGCCUGAUGAUUCACAUGCCGUCAUUUUAAGAGAAAAUAUUUAUUUUUUAAUUUCUCCCCAUCCGCCCUGUUAAUGUGCUUUUUUUUCCCUGGCCAGCCUGAGAUAGGAUUUCAAAUAAUAACCUGAAAUUAUAUUUAAAGGGAGAGUCGAUGGAAAAAAAGAAAACGGGGCUCUUUUUGGUUGUGAGUGGAAAUGAAUUGAACGGCAGAAUAGUGAGGCAUCUGCCAAAGAUGGGCUCCGGAGGAGACAUUUGCUGAGGAAGAUUUAACAUCAAAGCUUGAGAAAAUAUACAUACGUGUAUAUUUAAAACAAAGGAGGAAAAGAAGGGGGGUUUAAAAAAACACCUUUAAGGAAGCUGGACCCCACCACCAGCACCAUCGCCACCUCUAGACGCUCAUUCAUGUGCAGCCAGAAGCUGGAAAUUUUACAUCCACUCUCAUAUCAAUGUUGAUGACUUCAUUGCGGAUUUACAGUGGGGGGAAAAAAUACAGGAAUCAAGCAUCUGAGAAGGGCGGCAUCGUAGCUCUGCUCCUUUCUGACUGAUCUGUUGCUGAUAAAUUGCCAGUAAAUAUCCACACCCCCCCCACCCCAUCCCCUCCUCCACACAUACACAUUGUGCCAAAGCCUGGUGAAGCUCACUGUCUACUACCUGGCGUCUACUUCUUCUGCAUCUGGCAAAAUACAUGUCACCCAUUUUGAGCCAGGUGUUCCUCUCUUGGGCCAGUCUAGGAAUUUGGGAUUGAUUAAAAAAAAAAUCCUCUCUUUUCUGAUCAUCACCCUCUUCUUUCACCCACCUACCCCAACCAUAUCAACCGCCCUGCCUCCAAACCCCGAACCUGCAACUGGGUUUUUGGGAAGAUGGGCUGCCUUGGCAAUAGUAAGACUGAAGACCAACGAAAUGAGGAGAAGGCACAGAGGGAAGCCAACAAAAAGAUUGAGAAGCAGCUCCAAAAAGACAAACAGAUAUACCGGGCAACUCACCGGCUACUGCUGUUGGGGGCUGGUGAAUCCGGGAAAAGCACGAUAGUCAAACAGAUGCGAAUAUUGCACGUUAAUGGCUUCAACGCAGAGGAGAAAAAACAGAAAAUUCAUGAUAUUAAAAACAACAUUAAAGAAGCUAUAGAGACGAUUGUGGCGGCCAUGAAUACGCUCACACCUCCUUGCCAGUUAGCCUGUCCUGAGAACCAGUCUCGGAUUGAUUAUGUCCUGAACCUAGUAAACCAGAAGGAUUUUGAUUUUCCUACAGAGUUUUAUGACCACGCAAAGAUCCUCUGGCAAGACGAAGGUGUGCGGGCAUGCUGGGAAAGGUCCAACGAAUAUCAACUCAUCGACUGCGCACAAUACUUCCUAGACCGGAUUGAUGUGGUCAGGCAGAACGACUACACACCCACUGAUCAGGACCUGCUAAGAUGCAGAGUACUGACAUCUGGGAUCUUCGAGACAAGAUUUCAAAUAGACAAAGUUAAUUUCCAUAUGUUCGACGUUGGAGGUCAGAGGGAUGAACGGCGAAAGUGGAUCCAGUGUUUUAAUGAUGUGACAGCUAUCAUCUUUGUGGUGGCGAGUAGCAGCUACAACAUGGUGAUCAGAGAAGAUAAUCAGACUAACAGACUACAGGAAGCCCUCAAUCUUUUCAAGAACAUUUGGAACAACAGGUGGCUACGGACCAUUUCUGUAAUCCUCUUCCUGAACAAACAGGACCUGCUUGCUGAGAAGGUUUUGGCAGGAAAAUCUAAAAUUGAGGAGUAUUUCCCAGAGUUUGCACGCUACACUACGCCUGAUGAUGCAAUACCGGAGCCAGGUGAAGAUCCCCGUGUUACCAGGGCAAAGUACUUCAUACGGGAUGAAUUUCUGGUGUGUACAAAAGUCAAAGAGAGGAUCAGCACAGCCAGCGGAGACGGGCGGCAUUACUGUUAUCCCCACUUCACCUGUGCGGUCGACACAGAAAACAUCCGCCGCGUCUUCAAUGACUGUCGCGACAUCAUACAGAGGAUGCACCUACGGCAGUACGAGCUCUUGUGAUUGGCAGCGGCGUCCAAUCCUACUUAACUACCUAUCAUCAUACCUAGCUAAACACCCCUCCCGACCAGUUAGCCAAUCCACUCAUCCACUUCCACCAACUUCACCUAACAUCUGAGCAAGCAACUGAGCGCCUUGCCCUGCCCUCCACUCCGAUACAGCUUCUCCCGAUAAAGACAACUGCAGAAAAGCUGAACAGCGGAAAGACUCUUUUCAAAACAAAGGAAACGUUGUUACAGAUACACCACAUCAUCAACUAUCAGCCUGGACUGACUGCUGUACUCAGCCACACUUUGACCCAGGAAAGAGGGUCAGGACUGGAAUCCCUGAGUGUAGGCGAACUCUCCUUUUAGCGCUCUCUCAGUUAAAUGAACACACAUGCUCACAGGUACACAAACACACACAGAUAUGAGAGACGACUUCAGAUAGGCUUUAAUACCGCAGUAAGACGCAUACACUCUCACAGAGCCUUUCAAAAGUCAAGUCCUACUGCUUUCCAAAGUCGGCAGAGGCUAAAUUGAAUAAUGCCUUCUGAGAGGGACGAGUUUAUUCACCUAGUGCUGAACACGAAGGAAGAGAACGGCGGACGGCGAGGGUGGCAAAAUGAUACAGAGGAGGGCUGUUUUGUGCCCAGGGAUGGACAGAUGGACUAAUUGACUAAUGGCUGCCUGCGGGCGUGAGCGUGACUCUAACAGAAGACCACACGGCUCUUCAAGAAUCCAACCAAGGAGGGAUGCAGAAAACGACAACAACAACAGAAAAAAAGAAAAAUAAAUAAACAAGAUGAAUAUCAUACAA